AGGUAUAUAGACCAACCAGUCUAUAGAUUACACGACUUUCGAUUAUGUUAUAUUGUUAAUUGACAACAUUUCUUUCGCACAAACAGCAAUAAAAAUGGUUAAUAUUCCGUUUGAAAUACAGGAUGUUUCUGACGAAGAUCACCAACUGAUAUGGAAUGUAGCAAAAGAGAAAAGACAAUACGUACAAGUCGGCCCAAGCAAAUACUUCUAUCCUAAGGAGUAUGAAGACCUAGGUCCAAUAUGUUAUAAUUUCAAAAUUCGACCAGAUGAUGUUUUUGUCGUCAAUUAUCCAAGAUCAGGGUCUACGUGGCUCUCAGAAAUGAUAUGGCUCAUAAAUAACAAUUUGGAUUAUGCUACUGCUAAGUCCGUCGACGUUGGCUGUAGAUUUCCGCUGAUGGAUGUCAGCGUGGUCAAACUACCAAAAUUAGAAAAGGAAAGAAUUAAAUCUCUAGCAGAAGAAGAACGAAGUAAACAGGUGUCAAAAUACUUCAGCACAUUAUUCGACGAAUAUUCCAACAUCACAACGCGACGUUUCUUUAAGACUCAUUUGCCACUUUCAUUGCUCCCGCCAGACUUGUUGGACAAGGCAAAGGUUGUUUAUAUCGCCAGAGAUCCCCGGGAUGUUUUCGUGUCAGUUUACCAUUUACUUAAAAAUCGAAUCUACGACGACAAACCUGAUGAAAUAUGGAACUUAUUUCGACGUGGCCUGCUACCUUGGUGUCCAGUAUUCCCGCAUGUCAAGGAGGGCUGGGUUGCGCGAGAUAAUCCAAACCUCUUGUUUAUUUUCUAUGAAGAUGUCGUAAAUGAUCUGCAGGGCUCACUGCGUCGUAUGGCAAGCUUCUUCGGUAAGGACCUCACAGAUGAACAGAUUCAUGAACUGUGUGAACAUCUGAGGUUUGAUAACAUUAAGAAGAACGAAGCUGUUAACCAGCAAGAGACAAUGGCGGAGCUUGGUGUGUGCAGUGGACAAAGUCCAUUCAUCAGAAAAGGAUUGAUUGGCGAUUGGCGUGAUCAUUUCAGUAAAGAUCAGGCACAAGAAGCGGAGGAAUGGAUGCGGGAAAACAUUUCUGAUUCUGAACUUAAAUAUUCUACAUUCUAAUGAGAAUAAUAAAUUAACAAUAAAUUAUUUUAAUACGU